AUGGUGGUCCUAAGACAGGGCGAGUACGUGUGGGUGGAGUCCAGCAUCGGUGUGCCCAUCGGUGCCGAGGUCAAGAUCUCAGAAACGGGUCAAGUUCAGCUCAUCGACGAUGAAGGAAAGGAACACAAGGUGACGAAGAAGCAGGAGAGCUCUCUGAAGCCCAUGCACCCCACCUCCGUCAACGGCGUGGACGACAUGAUCCGGCUCGGGGAUCUCAACGAGGCCGGCCUGCUGAGGAACCUUCUGAUUCGCCACAGAGACGGGAUCAUCUACACGUACACCGGCUCCAUCCUGGUGGCUGUGAACCCGUACCAGUUGCUGCCCAUCUACACUCCAGAGCAGGUUCAGCAGUACACCAACCGGCGGCUGGGCGAGCUGCCGCCACACGUGUUCGCCAUCGCAGACAGCUGCUUCUUUAACAUGCGCCGCAGUCGCAGGAACCAGUGCUGCAUCAUCAGUGGGGAAUCUGGUGCAGGAAAGACAGAGAGCACCAAACUCAUGCUGCAGUUCCUGGCCGCCGUGAGUGGACAGCGUUCGUGGAUCGAGCAACAGAUCCUAGAAGCGAACCCCAUACUGGAAGCUUUCGGUAAUGCAAAGACCAUCCGCAACGACAACUCCAGUCGCUUUGGAAAAUACAUCGACAUCCACUUCAGCAAGGGGGGAGCCAUCGAGGGAGCGAGAAUCGAACAGUACCUCCUGGAGAAAUCCCGAGUCUGUCGACAGGCCCUGGAGGAGAGAAACUAUCACAUCUUUUACUACAUGCUGAUGGGAAUGCAGGCUGAAAAGAAGAAGAUCCUCUCUCUGGGCAGUGCUGUCCAGUACAACUACCUGACCACGGGUCAGUGCACCUACUGUGAGGGUCGGGAUGAUAUUAGGGAGUACGCUCACUUCUGCUCGGCCAUGAAGAUCCUGAUGUUCACAGAGAACGAGUCCUGGGAGAUUCACAAACUGCUCGCCGCCAUCCUUCAUCUCGGCAACGUGGACUUCGAAGCCACCAUUUCCAACAACCUGGAGGGCUGUGAGAUCGUCGACUCCGCUCACUUCAACAUGACCGCACAGUUACUGGAGGUGGAUAAAAAGACCCUGGACGUGAAUUUGACCCAGAGGUCGUUCAUGACCAACAGGGAGAUCGUUUCCAAACCUCUGAGCUUGGUACAAGCCUCAGACGGCAGAGACGCCUUCGUCAAGGGCAUUUAUGGAAAACUCUUCGUGUGGAUCGUGGAGAAAAUCAACGCCGCCAUUUACAAACCCCCGGCGGAUCAGUCUGACCAAACCUGGCACUCGAUCGGCCUGCUGGACAUCUUCGGAUUUGAGAACUUCAAACAGAACAGCUUUGAGCAGCUCUGCAUCAACUUUGCUAACGAGCAGCUUCAGCAGUUCUUCGUGAAGCACGUGUUUAAGCUGGAGCAGGAGGAGUACGCUCGCGAGAACAUCGUCUGGACCCUCAUCGACUACAGAGACAACCAGCGGACCCUCGACGUGCUGGCCACCAAAUCUCUCAACAUCUUCUCGCUCAUCGACGAGGAGAGUCACUUCCCCAAGGGCACAGACAUCACUCUGUUGAACAAGAUGGAUAAGGAGCACGGCAAAACCAAAAUCUACAUCCCUCCCAAAAACAGUUACGACACCAAGUUUGGAAUUGAGCAUUUUGCCGGUCCGGUCUUCUACGAUUCAACAGGUUUCCUGGAGAAGAACCGAGACGCUCUCAGUCAGGAUCUCAUCCUGCUGGUGGAAACGUCCAGCAACAAGCUCCUGAAGCAGAUCUUCCACGCCGACCUCUCGGACUGCGACGUGAAAAGCAGGACCAACCCCAAAAUGAUCAUCACGCCCAAGAGCACCAUGCGGCAAAUGACGGACACCAAGAAGCGAGUGCCCACGCUGUGCUGGCAGUUCCGUAAGUCUCUGGACGCUCUGAUGAAAACUCUGACCGCGUGCCAACCCUACUUUAUCCGCUGCAUCAAACCCAACGACUUCAAGAAGCCCAUGCUUUUCGACCGGGAGCUGUGCCACCGCCAGCUGCGUUACUCCGGCAUGAUCGAGACGAUUCGGAUCAGGAAGGCCGGUUACCCCAUCCGCCACACCUUCCAGGAGUUUCUGGAUCGAUACCGGGUCCUGCUCAGCUCUGCCGUCUGCGACCCCAAAACUGAGAUCGCUAAAGCCUGCUGUGAGAGUAUCUGUAAGAAUGUGCUCAGCGUUGGAGAUGACUGGAAAAUUGGGAAAACCAAAGUUUUCCUGAAGGACUUUCACGACACCGUGCUGGAGCUGAAGCGAGACGCGGCGCUGAACGAGAAAGCUCUCAUCAUUCAGAAAGUCAUGAGAGGAUACAAGCACAGGAAGCGGUUUAUUAAACAAAGAUCUGCGGCCGUGGUGGUGCAGAAGUACUGGCGUGGACACCAGGGCAGAAAACUCUACAAAGUGGUCCAGCUGGGUUACGCCCGUCUCCAGGCCACGGUGCGCUCCCGUCAGCUCACCCGUCAGUACGAGCUGGAGCGCAGGGCCGCUCUGCUCCUCCAGGCGCAGAUCCACGUUUACCUGGCUCGGAAGGAGUGGAGGCAGAAGAGGGCGGCGGUCGUCCUCCUGCAGGCCCACACCAGAGGGAUGAACGCCCGCAGGAGGGUGGAGAAAAUGAAGAGAGACGAGUUCCUGUCGCUGCAGGAGCGCAGAGCGGAGGAACUGGCGGCUCUAGAAAGACAGAAGAAGCUGGAAGAAGUUCUCCGUAAGAAGAAAGAAAAAGAAGAAGCUGAACAGUUGGUGUCCAUCACCGAUCAGGAGCUGGUGGAUAAUAUCUUCGGCUUCCUGCCCAGUCUGGUCGGGGGGCAGGAGGGACAGGCGCCCGCAGGAUUUGAGGAUUUGCACAGUAAGCAGAUCGUGAUGGAGGAGGUGAACCUGGACGACGUUCCGAUGGUGGAAGAGCUUCCAGACGAGGACUACGAUGACCUGGACGAGUACUCCUUCUCCAAGUUCGCGUCGAUGUACUUCCAGGGUGCUGCCACGCCCAUGCACAUCCGCCAGAGGCUUCGCCAACCGCUGCUCUACCACGAGGAUGAAAACGACGUCCUGGCGUCUCUGACAGUCUGGUGGAUCAUCCUGAGGUUCAUGGGAGAUCUUCCAGAACCAAAAGCCCAAAAAGUUCCAGCGAGCAGAUCGGCUGUUGCUGACCGUUCCUUACAGAAAGACGUGGCCUCCAGGCAGGACCGGCGUCUCAGCCACAUGGUCGGACUGGAUCAGAAGCUGCUGAGAAACAAAGGUUCCAGGAAGGAGUCGUCGGUGCCGGACGAGCCUCCCCAGGGCCGCAAAUCUUCCACCUUCACCGAUCUCCUGUCACGAAACAGGAAGACGUCUACCAGUCAGGAGGAAGCCGUAGCUAACCGAAAAGCUUCUUCUUCCGUACCCUUGGACGGUCCGAAAAACAGGAAGUCCUCCACCUUUAGUGAUCUACUGAGCCGGAACAGAAAGACCUCCACAGCUCCUGAGCAGGGGGCGGCGAACCGACGGUCCACUAGAAAGCCGUCCAUGAUCGAAGAAGAGCCAGAGGACGACGCCCAGUUUUCCAAAACACCCACCGUGCAAACCAUCAGCGAAGAAGAUGAAAAUCUGAUUGGAGAAGGACUCUCACUGGACCGUCCACUCACGUCUCUGGAGAAGCUGCACAUCAUUGUGGGAUACGCCAUCGUCAGACGCGACCUCAGAGAUGAGAUCUACUGUCAGAUCUGUAAGCAGCUCCAGGAGAACGGGAACCGCAGCAGCUUUUUCCGGGGCUGGAUUCUGUUGUCCCUGUGUUUGGGAAUUUUCCCCCCCAGCGAGCGCUUCUUUAAGUACCUGCAGAGCUUCCUCCGUCUCGGCCCCGUCGGGUACGCGCCCUACUGCGCCGAGCGUCUGAGGCGCACAGUCGCCAACGGGGUGCGUGGAGAACCGCCCAGCUGGCUGGAGCUAGAGGCCACCAAGAGUAAGAAACCCAUGGUGAUCUCGGUGACCCUGAUGGACGGUCGGACCCUCAGCGUGCCGGUGGAUUCUGCAUCGACGUCCAAAGAAGUUUGUCAGUUCCUUUCACAGAAAGUGAAGCUGAACGACACCUUCGGGUUUUCUCUCUAUAUGGCGCUUUAUGACAAGGUUUGGUCUCUGGGCAGCCGGCGGGAGCACGUGAUGGACGCCGUCUCCCAGUGCGAGCAGGAGGUGAAGAGGAAGGGCGGGCAGGAGCAGCACGCCCCCUGGCGCCUCUACUUCCGCAAAGAGAUCUUCACCCCCUGGCACGACUGCAGCCAGGACAGCGUGAGCACCGACCUCAUUUACAGGCAGGUCAUCAGGGGCCUGAAGUACGGGGAGUACCAGUGUGAGAAGGAGAACGAGGUCGUGCAGUUAGCGGCGAAGCAUUUCUUUGUGCAGUUCGGCCGGGACGACAGUACAGAGAGCGCCAGGAGAGUAGUUAAGGACUGCAUCAACUCCAAACUACUGGAAGACAAGUCCGAACCCGAAUGGAUCGAGAUGGUCCGCACCGCACACGUCGAGGGUGCGUAUGUUAAAUCGAUGCCUGGAGAUGAUGCAGUGAAAGCAGAGGUGGUGGAUUACGCCCGGCAGAAGUGGCCCAUGUUGUUCUCCAGGUUCUUCGAGGUUGCCAGAAUUUCAGGUCCUGCUCUACCCAAAAACAAAUUCAUCUUGGCCAUCAACUGGACUGGAAUAACGUUCCUGGAUGAACGUGAGAGGAAAUAUCUGGAACUUUCUUACCCCAUGGUGUCCAGAGUCACCACCACAAGAGAAGGGAAGUCCGUCGGCCAGUCGGUGUGUUUGCAGACUCUGAGAGGAGACUUCACGCUGAACGCCGUACACGCCGGGGACGUCGUCGACCUGAUCGCCAUGUUCAUCGCCGGGCUGACCGAGCGCUCUCAGUACGCUGUGGCUCUACAGGAGGUCAACAGGCAGGAUGAUCCGACGUUCCUUAGCUUUAAGAAGGGAGAACUUAUCCUCCUGAUUAAAGACGACGACUUCUCCUCUGGACACGGCUGGCUGAAGGGACAGAACGAACGCACGGGAAAGAAGGGCGCGGUGCCCACCGAUGCUGUAGCCAUUCUACCCACCCUCAUCAAACCCACCAAUGAGGUGUUGAGUUUGUUCAGUUUGAGUCCAGAUCAGAGGAAGAACGUCAUACACAGCACUAUCAGAGGAACCGCAACCGAGAGAGUCGCUCCGUCCACCCUAAAGGAGUUCUCCCUCGAGUACUUCAGACCUCCCACGACAGACGUGAACAGGCAGGUGAUUUCCAAAAACGCAGCUCCUGAAAGGCUGUGGCUGAACUCCAGAGAGCCGAUCAGGCAGCCGCUGCUGAGGAGACUGCUGGGUAAUCCUGAGCUCAGCCAUCACGCCUGUCAGGCCUUCACUGCCAUCCUGAAGUACAUGGGCGACUACCCGACCCGACAGCUUCAGAGUCCGGUGGAGCUGACCGAUCAGAUCUUCGGUCCUGCCGCUCAGAACGAGGCGCUCAGGGAUGAGAUCUACUGCCAGGUCAUGAGGCAGAUGAGCAGUAAUCCCAACCGGUACAGUGUGGAACGAGGGUGGCAGCUGCUCUGGUUGUGCUGUGGUUUGUUUCCUCCCAGUAACUCGCUGCUCAAACACGCCCAGCGAUUCCUGGACACUCGCAAACGAGAGCCGCUGGCGUCCGACUGCCAGAGACGCCUACAGGGGGCGCUAAGGAUGGAACCCAGGAAGUUUCCUCCUCAUCAGGUGGAGGUGGAGGCCAUUCAGCUGAACAGCACCCAGAUCUUCCACAAGAUUCUGUUCCCCAACGAUACUGGAGAGGGAUUUGAAGUCUCGACUAACACUAAGAUCAGAGACCUGGUCCAGUCCAUUGCUGCUAAACUCGGGCUGAUCUCUUAUGACGGCUUCAGCAUCUUCGUCAAAACUCCGGACAAGGUCCUGAGUCUGAACGAGGUGGACUACUUCUUUGACAGUCUGAGGCAGAUCACUGACUAUUCUAGAAGAACUAAGAUGGUAAAAGAGGGAGAAGCAGUAAACGUUGCCUACCAGGUGUAUUUCAUGAGGAAAUUAUGGUUCAGCUUUAUUCCCGGGAAAGACCCCAUGGCAGAUCACAACUUUCAUUUUCCACAGGAGCUGCCCAAGUAUCUGCGCGGGUAUCACCGCUGCUCCAGAGAAGACGUGGUACAGCUGGGUGCCCUCCUGUUCAGGAUGAAGGUUGAAAAUGAUAAAUCUCAGUUUGUCAUGAUCCCCAAGAUGCUGAAGGACCUGGUGCCCAGUGACUCUCUGAAAGCCAUGUCAGCCGAGGACUGGAAAAAGAACAUUUCCGCCGCCUACAACAAGCAGGAGAACAUGACGCCGGACGAGGCGGUGGCGGCUUUCCUGAAGAUCAUCUGUAAGUGGCCGACGUUCGGCUGCGCCUUCUUCGAAGUGAAGCAAACAUCCGAGCCGAGCUUCCCGGACAUUGUGAGGAUCGCCAUCAGCAAACAGGGGGUCACCAUCAUACAUCCUAAAACCAAGGACGUCCUGGCGACACACCCGUACAAUAAAAUCGCGAACUGGUGCAGCGGGAGCACGUAUUUCCACAUGACCGUGGGUAACCUGGUCCAAGGGAACAAGAUCCUGUGUGAAACCUCACUGGGCUAUAAAAUGGACGAUCUGUUGACAUCCUACGUGAACAUGUACCUGAACGAGACGAAAGCACCGAGACCCAGGAACCGGCGCAUUAACUGAUCCGAACUCCGAGCUGGAGAAAUCGCAGAUUUAUUAGUUUAACAUAAGCGUUUAUUUCUUUAUAUUCCUCCUUUAUAUUAUGAAGAAUCAUGACUUAAUGUAUUAGUUAGAAAGUUUAUCGAAUAAAACACACACACACACUCACACACUCAAUGUUUAUUUGUCGUUGGAUUUUACACUUAUUAUUUUUAAUAUGUUUAGUUUUUAUGGGAUUUUAAGAAUCAUAUAUAUGUAUAAAUCUACAGAACGUUUUCUUUCGGCUGCACCCGUAUUUAGGAGUCGCCACAGCGGGACUAGUUUCUACUGAAUAGUGCACCUCCUAGAGGCUAGGCUGUUUCGGUAACCCCCCGCCCUUCCCCUUCCUGGACAUUCAUUCAUGCCAAUAAUAUCUGUGCAGACACCCAUUCGGCUGAUAGCGCCUCUGAUAUUCGAACCCUGGACCCUCAGGUCUCAGCAGUAGAUAUGUUUGUAUUUAUUUAUUUUCUACUUUAAUAUAACGGUAUCACCACAGUUCCCCAUCAUUCCCAAAACAACACUAUAAUACAGGGUAGAUGCCCAGUCGUCUUAGCUAUAUGUGUUGAUUAAACUGUAGACCACUGUAGACUGUUGGAUCAUUGUGAAAACGUUUAAUAAAGCAAAAUUCUGAGCAAA